AUGUGGAGCUGGUUCGGCGGUGGUUCCGCCCAGGCUCGCAAAGAUUCUCCCAAGAAUGCCAUCCUCGGCCUCCGCUCGCAGCUCGACAUGCUGCAGAAGCGAGAGAAGCACCUACAGAGCCAAAUAGAUGAACAGCACAGCAUUGCGCGUAAGCACGCAACCACAAACAAGACUGCGGCCAAGGCAGCCUUGCGACGCAAGAAGGCGAACGAACAUACACUGGAGCAGACCAUGGCGCAAAUAGGCACCCUCGAGACACAGAUCCAUGCCAUAGAGUCGGCCAAUAUCAACCACGAAACUCUGCUGGUGAUGCAGCAGGCAGGCAAGGCCAUGGCAAAUAUCCACGGCAAGCUUACGCCAGAAAAGGUCGACCAGACAAUGUGGGUGUCAUCCUUGUAUUCCACGAAGGAUGAGCUUCGUGAGCAAAACGCACUCAGUGAGGAGAUUGUCAAUGCCAUCACCUCGAACCCCAUCGGCGACGUCGUCGACGAGGACGAGCUGGAGGACGAGCUGGACCAGCUUCAGCAGGAGAAGCUGGACGAGGAUAUCCUCAAGACGGGAAGUGUGCCCGUCGCAGAUAUCGUGCACAAGAUGCCAUCGGUGGCAAAGCAGGAGCCCGUUUCCAGCAGGACCCGAGCUGCCGAGGAGGACGACGAGGAGGCCGAGCUCAGAAAGCUUCAGGCCGAAAUGGCCAUGUGA